GAAUGCAAUUGUCUUUACUUUCAAAUGGAGUUAUGUAUCGAUAAUCUCAACAAUGUUUUGGAAACUAAGAAAUCAUUGUUUAAUGAAUUGAUGAGUAUUUUUGAGUUUUAUGUAUCGUUUCAUAUAUUUCGUGAACUCACAGAAUGUGUGCAAUAUUUGCACAAAAAGGAUAUCAUUCAUAGAGACCUCAAACCGGAUAAUGUGUUGAUUUCAAUGGACGGACGCAUAAAGUUAUGUGACUUUGGUUUGUCUAAAGAGGUCCCAAAUUGUGAUCCGUUUAAAGAAUCCAAAGCAGAACAUACCGCAGAUGUCGGGGACCUUUCAUAUCAGGCACCAGAAGCCCAGACUAAUGAAUACAACCAUUUAAUAGAUAUCUACAGUCUAUCCCUAAUUGGGGCUCAAAUUUAUGGUUUCGAUACAAACGAUAUUUUGGACGGAAAUCCACAAACGCAAAUCCAUUGA